UCACGGGUGUGUCGACUCAGCGGCCGCGGCUUUAACGUCAAUGAAAACAUCAUCUCACCUCUUCGCUGAAGCUAGCAGCUUUCAAAUCAAGGUGACAGCUCCAUCGGUGCCUCCUCCACGCGUGGAACGUGCAUGAAUUGGGAUGUCCGCGACCGACUGGUACGCUCACAAGUCGCUCGGAGACGGUCUCUACUGGAUCCAGGAGCGGUUCUUCCAGUCGCCGAACCGGGCUAACAUAUGGCUGAUACGAGGCUCCCACCAGGACCUGGUGAUCGACACGGGACUGGGGCUGAGGAGCCUUCCGGACUACAUCGAUAGCAUGGGGCUGCUGGGCAAGGACCCUCAGCGGAAGAACCCGCUGCUGGCCAUCGUCACCCACGCCCACUUCGACCACUCGGGCGGCCUGCAUCAGUUCCAACAGGUGGGCGUCCACAGCGCUGAGGUGGAGGCGCUGGUCAACGGGGACAACUACGAGACGGUCACCUGGCUCCGUGACCAUGAGAUCACCGAACUUCCCAGUCCCGGCUGGAGGGCCAGGCAAUAUAGAGUCAAGGCCGUGCAGCCCACGCACAUCUUGCAAGAAGGUGACGUCAUCAACCUGGGCGACAGGCAGCUGACGGUACUUCACAUGCCAGGCCACUCCCGGGGCAGCAUCUGCCUCCACGACGGCGACAACAAGUUGCUGUUCAGCGGCGACGUGGUGUACGACGGUUCCAUGAUCGACUGGUUGCCCUACAGUCAGGUCGGCGAUUACAUCAGCAGCUGCGAGCGCCUCAUGGGCCUGGUGGACAGCGAACAGGUGGAUCAAGUCCUGCCGGGUCACUACAACACCUUCGGUGCCAAACGCCUCCACCGCAUCGCCAGCUCGUACAUCAGCAGAGCGGGAACGUGCAACGGGAAGCUGUACACUUGGGCCUGGAAGACGGCGUCCACCGUGGCGCUCGGGGUGACCCACCCGCGCCGUAGCUGCUGAUUGGACGCACACAUGCACAGAACAUUUCUUCAAUGAUGGUUGCCAAACGUAGAUGUCGCCAUGAAUGAAGCGUACUGAUGCUCUGAUGAUUUCAAUAUGUUUUGCCUGGGGUUAAUAUACAGUAACCUGUUGUAUGUUUUUUUUUUUUUUUUUAAUAUAUGUAUUGCACAUGAGAAGUUUUAAUAGCACAAGCACUGAGGUAUUGAAGCAACGUCAAAAUGGCCGUAGUACUUGUCUAUGCAUACAAGCCGCAUCUGCUACCUCCCAUGUUCGUAACAGUGCUUUAUACUAUUGAAGGCUCGGCUGACAAUAAAGUACUUU